GGCUCAUUCCCUCCCCUGGGCCUUUGUACCGUGGCCUCUGCCUCCCCAGGAUGGCUGGGGAGAGGAGAGGGGAUGUCCCACCCCCUGCCCUGCCUGUGGGUUCUGUCGCCUGUGGUGGGUGAGUGGGCUGGCCCAGCCCAGGAAUGCACUUUGCUUCCAGGUUGAGCAAUGUCACUGCGGCUUGGGGGUCGGUGGGGGGCGGGAGGAGACACCGUGGGAACAGGCUUUCCCGGAAGGCCCACCCCAGAUGGCCUCUCUGGCGCAGGCUGGCUGAGGGCUCUGGGCACAGGGGCCUGGCAGCCUCUCUGGGUUGUGUCCGUCCCCAGGAAAAGAGGAAUGGCUGGGGCGGGCAGGGCUGCAGUCCCUGGGGAGGUUGUAUUUCCUGGACUGUGGAACUGGGUGUCCAGGGCUGGGCGCACAGCCUGUCUACGCUCCUACAGGGGUGACAAAAGUCAGCCUGCUCCCCUCUGCAGAGAGGGGGAGCUGAGGUCCCUCGGGGUCACCCACAGGGCUGCAGGCCCAGCCAGGCUGAGACUUGAACUCCUGUCCAGUCGCCCUCCCUCUGUCUCUGAGCCACGCCUACCUCCUACCCGAAUUUGCUGCUCCCUUGGCCACCGCCACAAUGAGAGAGGGUGGGAAUUGGGAUGCCGGCUCCCCUCUGCAGGAGUGAGGAGGGGCGUCUGGCCUUGCCUCCCUGGUCCAGCAGGGGGAGCUAGAGAGCAGCCCCCGUCUGCUUUCUGGAGUGGGUGCUCGGAGACAGCGGGGAGCGGGAUCCUUGGGGUUCUGGCCACAGGCGCCAAGUGCACAGACUCGAUGGCAUGGGGUGAUCCUGGCGCCAGCGGGCCAGCAGGACUGGCCGUGGGACGCCCGGGCAGUGAGGGAGUUAACCACAGCAGCUUGCUCCUCUCUACAAGGAAAAACUCCCCACGGCCGCCUGUUGCCUGGCUUCCAGCCAGGGCUGAGAGCAGGGGCUGAGAACUGGAAGUGCAUGCGCUCGGCCAGCUCUGCUCUGCAGCGAGCACUCGGGGAGGCGGCAGCCCUGCCAGCCACCAGCGCUCCCUCCACCCUCCCACCUGCCUGCCUGCUGUCCAUCUCUGAGCCUGUCUGUCCAGCCGCCUGUAAGUCCAUCUCUUUCCAGGUGUCCAUCUGUCCUCCCUGUCUUGCUGUCCUGCCUGUUGACCCACCUGCUACCUGUCCUUGUCCACCUGUCCGGUCAUCUGUGAGCUCACCUGCACAUCUCCCUCUCUGUUCACCUGUCUGUCUGUCCAUCUGCUGGUGCAUCUGCCCACCUGCCUCCCCUCUCCUGCUGAGCCACAGAGCCAUGGCCUGGGGCCGCGGUGCCACCAUCAGCCUCGUCCUGCUCGGGCUGGCCCUGGCGCUCGCCAUCAUUGUUCCAGCCGUGGUCCUUUCCCGCCACCGCGCCCGCUGCAGCCCCAAGGCUUUUGCCCACGCUGCGGUAGCUGCUGACUCCAAGGUCUGCUCCGACAUUGGACGGUGAGUGAGAGGGCCAUCCUGCAGCAACAGGGCUCACCUGUGGACGCCACCAUCGCUGCUCUGGUCUGCACUGGCGUUGUCAACCCUCAGAGCAUGGGCCUGGGCGGAGGGGUCGUGUUUACCAUCUACAACGCAACGACAGGGAAAGUGGAGGUCAUCAAUGCCCGGGAGACGGUGCCAGCGGGCGGCGACCCCGACCUGCUGAGUGGCUGUGAGCAGGCACUGCCGCUGGGCACAGGGUCCCAGUGGAUCGGGGUCCCCGGGGAGCUCCGUGGCUACGCCGAGGCCCACCGCCGCCACGGCCGCCUGCCCUGGGCGCAGCUGUUCCAGCCCACCAUCGCGCUGCUGCGUGGGGGUUACCGCGUGCCCCCUGUCCUCAGCCACUUCCUGCACAGUGACUUCCUGCGGCCCUCGCUCAACGCAUCCUCCCUGAGGCAGCUCUUCUUCAACGGGACAGAGCCCCUGCAGCCUCAUGAUCCCUUCCCGUGGCCUGCGUUGGCCGCCACCCUGGAGGUAGUCGCGGCCGAGGGCGCCGAGGCCUUCUACACGGGGAGGCUGGGCCGGAUGUUGGUGGAAGAUGUUGCCAAGCAAGGAGGCCAGCUGACCAUGCAGGAUUUGGCUGCCUUUCAGCCGGAGGUGGUGGACGCCCUGCAGGUGCCCCUGGGGGACUUCACAUUGUACUCGCCGCCACCGCCUGCAGGGGGCGCCAUCCUUGGCUUCAUCCUCAACGUGCUGAGAGGGUUCAACCUCUCAGCAGAGUUGCUGGCCAGGCCUGAAGGGAUCGUGAGCAUGUACCACCACAUCGUGGAGACCCUCAAAUUUGCUGGGGGGCAGAGGUGGCGGCUGUGGGACCCCCGCAGCCACCCAGAGGUACAGAAUGCCUCCCAGGCCCUGCUCGGGGAGGAGCUGGCCCAUCUCAUCCGCCAGCAGAUGGAUGACCGCGGCGACCACCAGCUCAGCCAUUACGGCCUGGCCGGGGCCGGGGACCACUGCAUGGGCACCUCCCACGUGUCUGUACUGGCGGAGGACGGCAGUGCCGUGUCUGCCACCAGUACCAUCAACACGCCCUUUGGAGCCAUGGUCUACUCACCACGCACGGGAGUCCUCCUCAACAAUGAACUCCUGGAUCUAUGCUGGAGGCGCCCACCAGGCUCCGGUGAACCCCCCGCACCCGUUCCAGGCGAGCGGCCCCCUUCGUCCAUGGUACCUUCCAUCCUGAUCAAUACAGCCCGGGGGUCGAAGCUGGUGAUUGGUGGGGCAGGGGGGGAGCUCAUCAUAUCUGCCGUGGUCCAGGCUGUUGUGAACAAACUGUGGCUUGGUUUUGACCUGGGAGCGGCCAUUGCAGCUCCGAUCCUGCACGUGAACAGCCAGGGCCGCGUAGAAUAUGAACCCAGCUUCAGCCAGGAGGUGCAGAGGAGACUCCAAGAGCACGGCCACAGCCAGAGCCCUCGGCCCUUCUUCCUGAACGUGGUCCAGGCCGUGUGGCAGGAGGGGGCCUGUGUGCACGCUGCGUCGGACCCCAGGAAGGCCGGGGAGGCUGCCGGCUACUGAGGAGACCACGGGCCGGGAGCCGGGCCUGGCCACCGGACCGAGUGCUGCGGCAGGGAGCCAGCGGACCCAGCCUGCCAGAUGGACGCCGGCAGGGGCGGAGCCUCUGCCUUGGCCCCGCCCUCAUCGAGGCCCCGCCCCAGCCCCUUGCCUGUCCUCGCAAGUGGUAUAUCCUGAACUCAAGGAUUAAAGAGGGGGCCGUCGAGGGGGAUCGGCACCGUGGCUUACUAGGUUAAUCCUCCGCCUGCAGCACCGGCAUCCCAUAUGGGCGCCGGGUUCUAGUCCCGGUUGCUCCUCUUCCAGUCCAGCUCUCUGCUGGGGCAGGAGGGCGGUGGAGGAUGGCCAGGGUGGUGGAGGAUGGUCAAAGUGCUUGGGCCCCUGCACCCGCGUGGGAGACUGGGAGGGGGCACCUGGCUCCUAGCCAUCCAGGAGCGGCCAUUUGGGGCGUGAACCAAUGGAGAGAGUACCUUUCUCUCUCUCUCACUCACUAUCUAAGUCUGUCAAAUAAAAAUAAAUGAAGAGGGGGCUGAUUUGUGGCGCUGAGUAUGGGCUGGGGCUAGGGCUGAGGGUGAGGGUGAGGGGUGAGGGUGAGGGUGAGGGGUGGAGAGCUCCUGAGGACAGAUUCCUGUGAUCUCCACGAUGCAUCACCACGAUGCACCCUCAUGGAGGGAGAAACUGAGGCUCAGAGACAUCCAGGCCGCACCCAGAUCCCCCUGGACAGCAAUAAGCACUCCUAACACCACCCCACCACCAGCGAUAGGGCCUGGGGCACCUGCCUCUGACUGCCCCCAGGACCCAGGCCCCUCCGUCCGUGCCAGGAAAAGCAGGACAGAGCCAGACCUGGGGCUCUCCCCGCCCCAACAGUUCAUGUCUGAGAGUCCGGACCUUCUCAGUUCCGCACUGCUGGCACCCUGGGUGAGAAGUCACUGUCCCCACAGUGCAGCCACACCCAGUGUGGCAGCAGAGAGAACCAGCCCCGCCCCCAACACCACCCCAACCCGGGGAGGGGGGAGGGGGGAGUGCUGCUUGAGACCAAGCCCCCUAGCGGCUGCCACCUGCGAGGGGACCUGGACCCUCCUCAGGCUGGGCGCACAGGCACUUCUGUCACAGUGGUGUUUGCUUGUCCCUGCUGCUGGAGUGAAAGUGCCAAUGAGCAGGUAGCCGAUGGAAUUUUUUUUUUUUUGCAUUUUUUAAAGAUUUAUUUAUAUACUUGAAAGUUCAGAGUUACAGAGAGGCAGAGGCAGAGAGAAUGUAUCUUCCAUCUGCUGGUUCCCUCCCCAAAUGGCUACAAGCCAGGAGCCAGGAGCUUCCUCUGGGUCUCCCACACAGGUGCCAGGGCCCAAGGACCUGGAUCAUCUUCUACUGCUUUCCCAGGCCAUCAGCAGAGAGCUGGAUUGGAAGUGGAGCAGCCGGAACUUGAAACUGGCACCCAUAUGGGAUGCUGGCAUCACAGGCGGCAGCUUCACCUGCUACGCCACAGCACUGGCCCCUAAUGGAAUUUUACAGAAGUUUAUCACUCAAACUUCUGGAGGCUUCAAGUUCAAGAUCAGGGUGCCAGCAGGUUUGGUGUCUGGUGAGGGCCCUGUUUGCUUUUUUCUUAAAGAUUUAUUUAUUUAUUUAUUUGAAAGUCAGAGUUACAGAGAAAGAGAGAGAGAGAUUUUUCCGUCUGCUUGUUUAGUCCUCAAAUGGCUGCAACAGCCAGGGCUGGGUCAGGCAAAAGCCAGGAGCCAGGAGCUUUUUCUGGGUCUCCCACGUGGGACUUGGGCCAUCUGCUGCUGCUUUCCCAGGUGCAUCAGCGGGGAGCUGGGUGGGAAGUGGAGCAGCCGGGUCUGGAUGAUGCAUGAGGGAUGAUCCAUGAGGGAUGCCAGCAUCGCAGGCAGUGGCUUUACCCACCCAGCCACAGCGCCAGAUUCAGAGCAGAUCACACAUGUUCAGAUGGUCACAGGGCUCCCCCCACCCCCAAUCUCGAUGAACUAAGGGCAUGCGCCACUCACUAAGCCACUACCGCCUGCCCUCCUGAGAGUUCAGCCAAGCAGGACCUGAUAGCUCCCAAGGCCACAACAUCAUGGUUCAUUACAACCGAGGGGAGGCAUUUGUGCUUGGCUGCCUGCAUCCCGCAUCAGAGUGCCUGGGUUCGAGUCCUGGCUCUGCUUCCACCAUCUGUUUCCUGCUCAUGAGCACCCUGGAAAGCAGCAGAUGAUGGCUCAAGUCCUUGGGGGCCCUGCCACCCACACGGGAGAGACCUGGAUGGCGUUCCUGGCUCCUGGCUUUGGUCUGUCCCAGCCUUGGCUGUUGGCAAGUAUUUGGAGAGUGAACCAACAGAUGGGACAUCUCUGGCUGGCUGGCUGCAUUUCCAACAAAAUAAAUAAUGACUGCAAUGGCCAGAGGGCCACAGUGGAGGAACCAGGAACUCCAUCCAGGUCUCCCGUAUGGGUGGCGGGAGCCUGAGUGCUGGAGCCAUCGUCUGCCACCCACGGUCUGCAUUAGCAGGAAGCUGGGGGCAGGAUCUUGUGCUGAGAACUGAACCUGCUAGGUAGGAAGUUAGAAGCUCGCCUGUGUGUGGAAGAGGGGCCCAAGAAAACAAAGCACCAUGGGAAAGAAAGCCUUUAGCAGUCCCAGAAACCACCCCGGAUUUUACCUGGCGAAGUCCUGCUCAGACCCCGAUAACUUUCCAGAAGGUUCCAGCCAUCUCCAGGGGAAUCCCCUCUGCCCAGCACCCGGGGGCUGCCCAGUCUGAUAACUCUGGGGAAUAAACCCCUGGGAGGGAUUUUACCUGUUUCGUACCCAGUUCAGAAGGGGGGAGCUGGUGGCGUGGUGCACUAGGUUAAUCCUCUGCCUGCAGCUCCGCCAUCCCAUAUGGGUGCCGGUUCUAGUCCCAGUUGCUUCUCUUCCAGUCCAGCUCUCUGCUGUGGCCUGGAAAAGCAGUAGAAGAUGGUCCAAGUCCUUGGGCCCCUGCACCUGCGUGGGAGAGCAGGAAGAAGCGCCUGGCUCCUGGCUUCAGAUCGGUGUAGCUCUGGCUGUUGUGGCCAUUUGGGGGAGUGAACCAGCGGAGGGAAGACCUUUCUCUCUGUCUCUCUCACUGCCUGUAACUCUACCUGUCAAAUAAAUAAAUAAAAUCUUUUUUUUUUUUUUUGACAGGCAGAGUGGACAGUGAGAGAGAGAGAGACAGAGAGAAAGGUCUUCCUUUUGCCGUUGGUUCACCCUCCAUUGGCUGCCACGGCCGGUGUGCUGCGGCCGGCGCACCGCGCUGAUCCGAAGGCAGGAGCCAGGUACUUAUCCUGGUCUCCCAUGGGGUGCAGGGCCCAAGCACUUGGGCCAUCCUCCACUGCACUCCCUGGCCACAGCAGAGAGCUGGCCUGGAAGAGGGGCAACCGGGACAGAACUAGUGCCCCAACCGGGACUAGAACCCAGUGUGCCGGCACCGCAAGGCGGAGGAUUAGCCUAGUGAGCCACGGCGCCGGCCAAUAAAUAAAAUCUUAAAAAAAAAAAAAAGAGGGUAGGGGGAAGGAGGAGUGGGAAGAACUGGGUCCUGUUCCCUUAUAAGCCCCAGUCUGAAUGGCAGGUGCAUUCUCUCCAUUAAACCCCGUAGCCUUGUUCUCCCCAGGCUGCGUGCCUGGGGCACCCUCUCUCCGAUUGUGUCCCUGUCUGUUCUGAUGGAUGCCCCACCCCAUUAAACCUGGCUACCUUGCUGACCACCACUCUCCGUCUCAUGUCUGAAUUCUCUCGUGAGAACAAGAACCUAUUCUGGAGCCGAUGCUGAGACAAAGUGGGUUAAGCUGACGCCUGUGAUGUUGGCAUCCCAUGCGGGUACAGUUCAGGUCCAGGCUGCUCCACUUCUGACCCAGCUCCCUGCUA